GUCAGGCCUGGAGCAAAACCCACGCAUUCCUAUACUAGCAGGUUAAGUGGGAUGUAAGGCGGAAACCCAGGCAGUUUUUACAGAUUUCCCUACAAACAGCAGGUGGAAUGAAUGUUCCUUACUCUUCAGUAAACCAGUCUGGGCUAGUUAUCGCUGAUUUGUGGAGAAGGGAUUCAAUCUAGUAGGGACCCUGACACAUAGGCGGUUCUGUGGCAACUUGUUCUUUCUGUGAAACCAACACGUAAACAAAAGUCUGAAAACUUAACUACCGCAACCAGCAUUGGCAAACUAACAAGUUACAAUUGUUCAAUAUGAUCCCACUGAUGGAGGAAAACAAGCAUGUGGCCCGGUUGUUGCUCAAUACUGGCACCUGCCCGAGAUGUGUCUUCAGAUUCUGUGGUGUGGAUUUCCAUGCACCUUACAAACUUCCAUAUGAGGAGUUGCUCAAUGAACUACAGAAAUUUCUGGAAACUGAAAAAGAUGAAUUAAUUUUAGAAGUUCCAAACCCACCACCCAAGAAAAUUCGACUACAAGAACUGGAAGACAAAAGACUUGAUAAUCUGAAUCAAAAUGGAAAGGGAAGCCUCUCUGUUAUUGCUUCUGAGAACUCAAAUUUAAAUGUAUGCAAUGUAUGCCUAGGAAUUCUUCAAGAAUUCUGUGAGAAAGAUUUCAUUAAAAAGGUGUGCCAGAAGGUCGAGGCCUCUGGGUUUGAAUUCACCAACUUGGUAUUUUCAGUCUCCUUCCCACCACAGCUAUCAGUAAGAGAGCAUGCUGCAUGGUUGCUGGUAAAAGAGGAAAUGGGAAAGCAGAGUCUGUCGCUGGGAAGAAAUGAUAUAGUUCAGCUAAAAGAAGCCUACAAAUGGAUAACUCACCCCCUGUUUUCAGAGGAACUGGGUGUUCCCAUUGAUGGAAAGAGCUUGUUUGAAGUGAGUGUGGUCUUUGCUCACCCAGAGACAGUUGAGGAUUGCCACUUCCUAGGUACGUUAUGCCCGGAUUGUUUCAAGCCAGCCAAAAACAAACAGUCGGUAUUCACUAGAAUGGCAGUUAUGAAAGCUUUGAAUAAAAUAAAAGAAGAGGAUUUCCGCAAGCAGUUUCCUUGUCCUCCAAACUCACCAAAGGCUGUAUGCACUGUUCUUGAAAUUCAAUGUGCUCAUGGUGCUGUUUUUGUGGCUGGGAGAUAUAAUAAGUACUCCAGAAAUCUACCACAAACUCCUUGGAUAAUUGAUGGAGAAAGGAAGUUGGAAUCUUCAGUGGAAGAAUUGAUUUCAUAUCAUCUCUUGACAGUAUUCAAAGCAGAGAGUUUUAAUUUUUCAUCCUCUGGAAGAGAAGAUGUAGAUGUGAGAACAUUAGGAAAUGGAAGGCCCUUUGCAAUUGAGCUGGUGAAUCCUCAUAGAGUACAUUUCACUUCACAAGAAAUUAAGGAACUUCAGCAGAAAAUUAAUAAGUCUUCUAACAAAAUCCAAGUACGUGACUUGCAGCUCGUCACAAGAGAGGCAAUAGGACAUAUGAAAGAAGGCGAAGAAGAAAAGACCAAGACCUAUAGUGCCUUAAUAUGGACAAAUAAAGCAAUACAGAAGAAAGACAUUGAAUUCCUAAAUGAAAUAAAGGACCUAAAGAUUGACCAGAAAACUCCUCUACGAGUCCUUCACCGAAGACCCUUGGCUGUGAGAACUCGGGUCAUUCACUUCAUGGAGACACACUACGUGGAUGCCCACCAUUUCCGCCUCUAUCUGAAAACGCAAGCUGGAACCUACAUCAAAGAGUUUGUACAUGGAGACUUUGGGAGAACUAAGCCAAACAUUGGCUCUCUGAUGAAUGUGACUGCAGACAUUCUUGAGCUGGAUGUUGAGUCUGUUGAUGUUGACUGGCCACCUGCUCUGGACGACUAGCUUUCAAAUUUGGAGACAAAGAGCAGGGUUUCCCUGGGAUGAUGUGGACAUCCAUGGAGCACACAGUGUAAAAUGGUCGUUUACCCACAAAUGGUGACUUGGAAACCAUUUGGAUCAUGUUGAUCUAUACAUUUUUAAAAUUUGUUGUAACAUCUCAGGAUCUAUAUACAUAUGUGUGUUUUGUGUUAAAUUGUUCCUAGGAUGUUUUAUGAUUUUUCUCAUUCCCUUUCUCACCCUCACAAACCACACUAUGGAUAAUGAAAUCAUGUUACUUAAUUCUUUCACAUAGAGAGUUACACAAACAUUUCUAUUAAUUUGAGAAGCUGUAAUUUCUUCCAGCAAGAUUUCCCUCCAUAAGAGUUAUACCAUCUUUAAAAUCAUGUUCAAAUUUUUUUAAAUUAUCAGAAUAAAAGUUAUAUCUAG